AUGGAAAGGAGGAUAAAACUAAAAACAUUAAACAGCCAUAUAACUUGCAAGAUUUGCCGCGGAUACUUUAUUGACGCGACCACAGUCACUGAGUGCCUUCAUACGUUUUGCAAAAGCUGUUUAGUGAAACAUCUAGAAGAGAACAACACAUGCCCGACAUGCAAUAUAGUGAUCCAUCAAUCACAUCCAUUACAGUAUAUAAGCUUCGACAGAACAAUGCAGGAUAUUGUAUACAAAUUGGUUCCAGACCUACAAGAUAAUGAAUUGAAGAGAGAAAGAGAUUUCUACCGAGCUAGAGGUUUGCCAUGUCCUAAAGAUGCGGCUUUGGCAGGAGACAAGCCAGGUGGUGGGGAUGAACAGGAACAACCUGAUAACACUGAUUGUCAUAGAAAAGAUGAACAGGUGAAUGUAUGUCUGGAAUGCAUAUCAACAUCACUGAGAACAUUGAAGCGCAGCUUUAUCAGAUGUUCAGCGCAAGCGACAAUCACUCACCUCAAGAAGUUUGUAGCUAAGAAAGUACUUAAUGGCAUUGAGAAAUAUCGAGAAAUUGACAUUCUAUGCAACGAUGAAUUGCUUGGCAAAGACCAUACUCUCAAGUUUGUUUAUGUUACUCGCUGGAGGUUCCGGGAUCCUCCUCUCCGCCUGCAGUAUAGACCCAAGAUUGAUUUAGAAAUAUGUAAACUUAAUGCAAUUUCAAGUCCUACAAUUGCAAUUGUUCAUGUGGGAAACACACGGUUCUCCGUCAAACUGGGUGCCAAAACGGUGGAGCGUUUCCUUAACCUUGCGGACGACAAUUUCGUCGAAGAUGUCAACGACGACUUAAAAUGUUUUCUAGCCGAAAAAAAAGUUGACAGUGUCCUGAUAUUUCCUCCCGUGAGCAACUACCGUCGCUUCCUAAUCCAUCGUUGUGUGGAGCAACUGGCUCAGCCGGACCUCACCACCUUCUCAAUAGGAGUCAGUGACGAGAGACGCACAGUUGUCUGCUUCCGGGAUAAAUUGUUGAGUGAUGAAGCUUGCGCGCGACCAGCCAUGGGCUUAACACAGCGGGAUGAUGAAGUUGUGGCUGAUAACAACGCGAGUGCGGCGGGGGUUUGCAGGGCGGCGCGCGCGCAGGAAAAGAUCAGAUCCGGCUCCACCAAGCCCCGACGGCCAGACCGUGCAGUUUACGUACCGCGAGCUCUACGGUCAAACGAAAAUACGGAAGAAAACCGGACACCAGAUAAAAAGGCUAAUCCAGAUGCAAAGUGCCCGAAGUCCCCCGAUCAAAUCAAAGAGCCCAGGGACAAAUCGGCACAUGGCACACCAAAACGAUCUCUAGACAAACACUUCUGCAACGUGUACACGCCCCCGCACCUGAGGACUCAGCGAUCUCAACCGGCAGCCAGCGACGCCAGCAAACCUGUGCCUUCAGUGCCAAAUAGUGAUAGUGCAAUAUCAAAUAGUGAUAAUAGUUUUAACGACGUAGAAGUAACAGAGAAUUUUUAUAUAGGAGAUUAUUUUGCGAACGGACAGCUCGGGUUCUAUAGGCCCAAUUACUACGAGUAUACCGCGGCAAACUACGACGACUGGAGGACAAAUGACACUAACGAAAUGAACAUGGCCGUACAAGAAACUCAAAGCAAUAUUAUAGAUAAGGAUUAUUUAUAUAACAAAGACGAGGAUGUCGAAGAGAAUGAGCUAAAACGAGCGUCACAAGAGAUAAAUAGAAGUAGUAAGAGAAUCAUAAAACAGAGUUUCAAUUCUGAUGUCUUAGUCAUAUCCGAUCCGAUAGAAGAAGAUCCUAGUCUUAAGAAAAUAAGCCAAAAUGAGCCAGUUGUUGAGGAGAAAGAAAAAGAACAGGAGAUUAAAAAAACGAAACCAAAAUUAGAAGCGAAGGUUUCCUUAAAAAGGGAAGAAAACGAUUGGGAUGCAGUUUUCGACGACAGUGGCGAGUGUCUGGACCCGUCUCUAUUAGAAGAGCUGACCUCGACUGUAGGCAAAGUGCAUAUAAGUAAGACGAAGAAUAACUACGACCAGUACCAGACCAGGGGACAGGCGUUGUUCAACGGUCCCUACGACGAAACCUUCGGUCAUGUGGUGGAAGUGUACGAUUUCCCGAGUGAGUUUAAGACGAACGAUCUGUUGUCGCUGUUCAGUGAAUAUAAGGACACUGGCUUCGAGAUAAAGUGGGUGGACGACACGCACGCGCUCAUCGUCUUCAGCAGCGCCAAAAUUGCUGCAGAGGUGCUAUCAACGCAGAGGCCGCUGGCGCGAUGUCGGCCGCUGCACGCCGCCACGCUCGAGUCUAGGAACAAGGCCAAGAAAUGCGCUGAGUUCCUACAACCUUAUAGACAGCGGCCGGAGACGUGCACGGCGCUGGCGCGGCGGCUGGUGUCGGGCGCGCUGGGCGUGCGCCUCAGCACGGCGCGCCAGGAGCGCCUCGAGGAGCGCCGCCUCAUCACCAUCGCGCGGGAAAAGAAGCGUCAGGCGGCGCUGCACAAGGAGGCGGCGUGGGACGGCUCACUCGCCAACCAGCACACCCUCGACGCG